AUGGCUGCGAUCCUCCCCGCAGUGCCAGUCUCUGUCACGGCUGUUGGAACGCCUGUCCUGACAGCCAACAACGAUUUCUCAGAUCUGCGAGAAAUUAAAAAGCAGCUUCUGCUUAUUGCGGGCCUGACUCGUGAGCGAGGCUUGCUACACAGUAGCAAAUGGUCUGCGGAGUUGGCCUUCUCUCUCCCCGCGUUGCCUCUGGCCGAGCUGCAGCCGCCGCCGCCUAUCACAGAGGAAGAUGCCCAGGAUAUGGAUGCCUACACCCUGGCCAAGUCCUAUUUUGAUGUUAAAGAAUAUGAUCGAGCAGCACACUUCCUACAUGGCUGCAAUAGCAAGAAGGCCUAUUUUCUGUACAUGUAUUCCAGAUACCUGUCUGGAGAAAAGAAGAAGGAUGAUGAAACAGUUGAUAGUCUAGGUCCCUUAGAGAAAGGACAAGUAAAAAAUGAGGCUCUUCGAGAACUCAGAGUGGAGCUCAGCAAAAAACACCAGGCUCGGGAACUUGAUGGAUUUGGCCUUUAUCUGUAUGGUGUGGUGCUUCGGAAACUGGAUUUGGUGAAAGAGGCCAUUGAUGUGUUUGUGGAGGCUACUCAUGUUUUGCCUUUGCAUUGGGGAGCCUGGCUAGAACUCUGUAACCUAAUCACAGACAAAGAGAUGCUCAAGCUCCUGUCUCUUCCAGACACCUGGAUGAAAGAGUUUUUUCUGGCUCAUAUAUACACAGAGUUGCAGUUGAUAGAAGAGGCCCUGCAGAAGUAUCAGACUCUCAUUGAUGUGGGCUUUUCUAAGAGCUCAUAUAUUGUUUCCCAAAUUGCAGUUGCUUAUCACAAUAUCAGAGAUAUCGACAAAGCCCUCUCAAUUUUUAAUGAGCUCAGGAAACAAGAUCCUUACAGAAUUGAAAAUAUGGACACUUUUUCCAACCUUCUUUAUGUCAGGAGCAUGAAAUCGGAGUUGAGUUAUUUGGCUCACAACCUCUGUGAGAUUGAUAAAUAUCGGGUCGAAACAUGCUGUGUAAUUGGAAAUUAUUAUAGCUUGCGUUCUCAACAUGAGAAAGCAGCCUUAUAUUUCCAGAGAGCCCUGAAGUUGAAUCCUCGUUAUCUUGGGGCCUGGACACUGAUGGGACAUGAGUAUAUGGAAAUGAAGAACACAUCUGCUGCUAUCCAGGCUUACAGACAUGCUAUUGAGGUCAACAAGAGGGAUUAUAGAGCAUGGUAUGGCCUUGGACAGACCUAUGAGAUCCUCAAGAUGCCAUUUUACUGCCUUUAUUAUUAUAGACGGGCCCAUCAGCUUCGGCCCAAUGACUCUCGUAUGCUGGUUGCUUUAGGAGAAUGUUAUGAGAAACUCAACCAACUAGUGGAAGCCAAAAAGUGUUAUUGGAGAGCUUACGCCGUGGGAGAUGUGGAGAAAAUGGCUCUGGUGAAACUGGCGAAGCUUCACGAACAAUUGACUGAAUCAGAACAGGCUGCCCAGUGUUACGUCAAAUAUAUCCAGGAUAUUUAUUCCUGUGGGGAAAUAGUGGAACACUUGGAGGAGAGCACUGCUUUCCGCUACCUAGCCCAGUACUAUUUUAAGUGCAAGCUGUGGGAUGAAGCUUCAGCCUGUGCUCAGAAAUGUUGUGCAUUCAAUGAUACCCGAGAAGAAGGUAAGGCCUUGCUUCGGCAAAUCCUACAGCUUCGGAACCAAGGCGAGACUUCCACUACCGAGAUGCCUGCUCCUUUUUACCUUCCUGCUUCACUGUCUGCCAACACCACGCCUACACGAAGAGUUUCUCCACUCAACCUAUCUUCAGUCACACCAUAGUUGGCUACUUUCAAGCCAACACAUGGGCAGACCCAGAUUAAGCCUUACCUCCAAACAAAGGCCAUGCCUGUUCAGGGACUUCAUCCACUCUGUUGUUUCCACAGAUGGAAACAUUUUUGGGGGAGUUGAUAGAAUUACCUCCAGAGGCUAACUGGCAAAAUUCCCGGCUGGAAUAGACAGUCAGUUAAAAGCACUCCUGUCUCCCUUUUGUUCAGUGUGGCUGUAGAUCUUGGCCUUCUUCCAGACCCUUUCCCUCUGAAAAAGAAAAAACAGAACCAAACCCUCCCUGUACAGCACUUUAGUACUGGCAAUGCUACGGGAACAGUUUUAAUGCUGCUGGGAGCAGGAUAUUUCUUUAGAGGCAAGGUAGGUAAAAGGGAAGCCACUCUACCCUCUGCUGGUAGUAGGGAUACUGAAUGCCAGGGCACUGGAUGGGCACAGCCUCCUUGGAUUUGUCAAGCACGUUCCUUAUUCUGUUGUCAGAGAUUAGAUUUAAAUGGUGUGAAGUGAUGUAUUUGCUUUUACUCUAGGGAACUAUUUUUUCAAAACAGUUUUGAUGAGUGCUCCAGAUUUCAAAUUAGAAGUAAUUUACUGAGUUGAAUCAACAGGUAGAAGGUAUCUCAGAGCAUGGAACUGCUGAUGGCUCUAUAGGGCAAAAGCUGCCUCCCAUUGCAUUAGCUAUACCCCAACCAAAGUAAAGCUGGGAGACAAGAUUACAUGGACAUUUUAGGGGUUUUUGUGACUGUACAAACAAUUCACUUCAAGCUAGUGUUUUAAUAAACAUUUUAAAAUGUAAUUCUGUUUUUUUUUUCCUUAUCUCCAACAGAAUGCUUUCUCAGCUUUCAUCUGUCUGAGGUAAUACUUGGAAUGCUCUUAGAGGCUUUCAAAUCUGUACUUUUAUGUUCAGUAGGAGGUAAUACAUGAUGACUAUAUAAUGAAUAAGCUUAUACAGA